UCUGGGAAUCUGUAUUAUUGUUCUUCCAAACGUCUCCAACUACGGAUGUUUAGUUUUUGUCGGAUUUGUUCUUCAAAAAAUUGACGCUCAGUGGAAUUCAUAGAGUGUUGUUGUUGGUGUUGUCAUUUAUUUUCAUUGUUGCGGUUGGAAUACUUAUAAAUUUUCUUAUUGUUAAACAAAAUUUAAUUAUUUUUGAUAACGUUAAACAAAGAGAAAAAAAUAAACACAGCAACAUGAAUAGCAAAUUACUUAAAGUUCUGAUCCUCUUCACCUUGAUGCAUUUAUCGCGAGCCAUUGAGAAUGCCAAUAAUGCAGACACAUCCAAUGAUUUGCAGACAUCGGCCACCUCUGCCAAACUUCUCAAUCUAGGAGGUUUAUUAGGAGGCGGAGGAGGAAAUGGCUAUUAUCCCAGCAAUACCCGGCCAAAUUACUAUCCAUCCAACAAUGGCUUUUAUCCAUCGACAGGUUAUUACCCCUCAAAUGGGGGAUUUUAUCCCAGCACGGGAUAUUAUCCAACCGCGGGUGGUAAUUAUCCUACAAAUGGUUAUUAUCCCACAAACAGCUACCCCAACUCAGGAUACCCCAGCUCUGGAUGGAAUAAUGCCGGUGGCUAUUAUCCCACCAAUACUUACUAUCCCAGUGGCACAGGAACCAACAUUCUGCCCGGCAACGGUGGUUAUGGCGGCUAUGGAGGUUAUCUUUCAAGAAAACUCAACUUGGGCUGAUCUGCAAAGGAUACAUUUGUCGACAACCGUACACACAUGUCGUCUUUGAAAACUUCUUUUUACACCUUACAAUGUAUUUCAAUCUGUUACAUGCACACUAUUACAUUUCUAAGAAAAUAAAAAUAAAAAAACAAAUCACAUUUGUUAAUCCAUCACAUAUCGUAAAAAGAA